AGAGACGAUCUUCGUUGCUAACAUGGCGGCGCGCUUGUGAAUGUCAUGCUACACCCAUUCACAUUUUCAUUUCUCGGUGAAAUUGUGGAGCAAUUAAAGCUGGCCUUUUAGCGUUAUCUUGUGGAUUUAUUUCUCGUUCCACCUAAAAAGCUUAUGAACUGGUAAAACGUAGAUUUACUGUAUUCUGAAGGUGAUUGAUCUCAUGUUAACCGAUUAGCUAAACGCUAAGGCAUCAUUUCUGACAGAGUAAAGAUGGAUCCCAACCAACAGCUGAGAAACCUGAAGGAUUUCCUCCUGGUUUACAACCGCAUGACUGAAAUCUGCUUCCAGCGAUGCACGAACAACUUCAACUUCAGAAACCUCACGAUGGACGAGGAGAGCUGUCUGGACAGCUGUGCAGGGAAGCUGAUUCGCUCUAACCACCGUUUGAUGGGCACCUAUGUGCAGCUGAUGCCUCGGAUGGUGCAGCGCCGAAUGGAGGAGAUGGAGAGCAAGGCGGCAGAGGCCGCAAAGGCAGCAGCAGCAGCAAUGCCUGCAGCUGUCGAGACUGGGAACACAGAAGCUACACCAGCAUUUCAAACGCCUUUAAAUUCACCCCCAUUGCCUAAUUUACCUUCCUCUGGGACUGGUGGCAUACCAGAGGUCCAAAGCUCAGACUUUAAGUCAGCAGGACUAGACAUUCUGGCUGACCCUUCAGUCAUGGGAGCCACAGUGUCAUCUUCCAAACUGCUCACACCUAAGACUGAAGCUGUGCUGAACGAUGUUUCACUUCCAGCAGGAUCACCUAACACAGCUGAGCCUAGCAGCCCCAGACCAACAGCUCCUACAGAGUCUUAAACAUGAACAGGCCUGGGAGGCAAAUGGAGCCCAGAUGUUUUCUUGUUGUGAUCUUCUAACGAUGGAAGUCUGAGAUCAAACUGAUAUCAGCUCUUGUUUCCCACCACAAAUAGCACAUAUCAGUAAUUUAACACUGGUUGGUUAUGUAUGAUUUACAAUAUUGAUAAUUAUAACAACUAUAAGGUAAGCUAACCAGUUUUGGCUGUUGUCAUUCAGACUUGGACUUGUUGUUAUUUUAC